AUCAAGCCAGGGUAUAAAACACACCAGAGGAUUAUUCAUUCCCUGAGAAAACGUCCUGGCGCACUGCAGACAUGUUUAGGCUUCUGGUGUUGACAACUAUCGCAGCCCUGGCGCUGGCUGAGCUGGAGCCCCAGCCCAGGUAUCUGGAGGACAGCUUUGAAAGAGUCGUGGGAGGUGAGAUGGCCAAACCCAACUCCUGGCCCUGGCAGAUCUCUCUUCAGUACAGAUCUGGCAGCAAUUACUACCACACAUGCGGAGGAACCCUGAUUGAGAGAGGCUGGGUUAUGACCGCUGCUCAUUGUGUGGAUAGGCCUAGGACGUGGCGUGUCCUUCUCGGUGAACAUAACUUCAACAUGAACAGCGGCAGAGAGCAGAUCAUGACUGUCAGCCAGGUUUACAUCCACCCCGGCUGGGACUCCAGCAGACUGGCCGAUGGGUUCGACAUUGCCCUGCUGCGUUUGACCUCUGAGGUGACCCUGAACUCCUAUGUCCAGCUGGGCUCUCUGCCUCCCACGGGCCAGAUUCUGCCCCACAACAACCUCUGCUACAUCACCGGAUGGGGUCGCAUCAUCACCGGCGGCGCCCUCCCCAAUCUGCUGCAGCAGGCCGUCCUUCCUGUCGUCGACCACAAGACCUGCACCAGCUCUGGCUGGUGGGGCAGCACUGUCAAGACUAACAUGGUGUGCGGUGGUGGUGGUGCCAAGGCUGGAUGCAAUGGUGACUCUGGUGGCCCUCUGAACUGCCUUGUUGAUGGAAAAUACUACGUCCACGGUGUUACCAGCUUUGUGUCUAGUUUGGGAUGCAACGCGCCCAAGAAGCCCACCGUCUUCACCCGUGUCUCCGCCUACAUCGACUGGAUGGACUCCACCAUGAUGUAAACAGACGAGUCGCCCAUGUUGCAGCACACAAAGACAGAGCAUGCAUUCGACCACGUUUUCAUCUACUGUGCUUCCUCAUUUGUCUGCUCUCGUUCAACAUAAAAUAAAGUUCAUUUAAACUUUGA